GCUCAUUGCAGGACUCUGCAGGGUUGACAAAGUUCUUGUUGGUUGCUGUCUCUCACCCCCUGGCAAACACACCAAAAUGGGAAUUGUGGGGUCACAAUUGUCAUGCGGAGUGAUUGAUGGAAGCCCGACGAACGCACUCACAACAUCAUUCACUACUCCUUAUCCAUCAACUCCCUCUCAGCCACAACAUCUCAUCCUCUCGUCUGACGCUAUAUUCUCAAAUAAACAAUCAAAUGGACGGCACGAAGGCAUUUUAGGCGUCUCUGCCGCGGGAGUUACGGCUCCAUAUCCUGGAAGACCUCGCCAAUGCCCACGGCUCUUCACCUCACCGCGUCGCGGAAUAGCCCGCUUCGGCAGCGUAUCCAAAGAUUGGCAAGAUUUCUUCGAGGAAACAACAUUCAAAUGCUUCGUUCUGCGGCUGCGAGAUCUCAUCCCGUUCCAACAGCACACACAAAGCCCCAGGCGGCGCGCUAUGUCCGGCAUAUCGGGCUCCGCCUCGUGGAGUCCGACCCCGAGGACGAGGACCCGGAUAUACCCUGGAAUCAGUCGAGGAGCCCCUUUGGUCCCGCUAUGCUGUAUCUCUGGGAUACUUUGGCGUCAUGGGGAUUUCAGGAAUCCAGAGAAGGGUUAACGCUCGAGAUAAGCUCCUAUACCCUAGCGGGGCUCAGCAUAUAUACCAAUUAUAUGCCCAAGGACGGCGUGAAUCACUAUUCAAAGCAUCUUGAGACGGGGAAUCUUGGGCAGUAUGAUGAUGUUGAACCCUUCGGUCACACGGGCCCGCUCUGGUUUACCCACAUAGGUCAAAGUACCUCGAUGCUCUCUGGAGCUGUACUACGUCAGGCUGAUUCGCAUACGGCUACCAGUCAUACAGAACGUCACUAAGUUGCUUACAAGUAGGGCAAAUACACAUAAUCUUCACCCG